CCACGGCAAGGACAGAAAAAGGGGUGCUUGUAUGCAUCGGAUGUGGUGGAACAGACUAAUGAGAUUCACGCACCUUCUAGGCUUUAUCCCACUAAUGUUGGUGGAGAUGUGGGAAAUGGAUUUGAGGCUUAAUGGUACAGGCUACAGAUGUUCCGGGUGGCUGGAGGUGCUUCAUGCAGCCACAUGGAAGAGGAUUGACAGCAGAAAUUUUACACAGCAGAAUGCAGAACUUGCCUGUAGACAACUUGGUUGCCACUUACCCUUCGGGAUCUUGCAACCAUAUGUUGAAGAAUCGGAGAAGCACGAGACUUGCUUGAUGACCUGCCAAGGAAAUGAGACAGCUCUCAAGGGCUGCAUAGCCUGUGAUUCCCAUGAUUUCUUCUCUCUGGGUGUGUUCCUAGUUUGUCAAGCUCCUGUGCAAAGCACCACGGUACUCCAGCUUACAACAGCACCAGCGGUGACCUCCUCAAAACCCUUUGAUCGCCCAAGGACAAACAUUGAAGAAGGAACCUCCUUGUGUUCAGGGAUUUUGAAGCCAGAUGGUGAAGGCGACAAGAAAAUGCUUUGCCUGGGUUUACAAAGAUGGUGGAAUAAGCUGGUCUGCCAGGGAGUAAACUGUGAAAAUCCAGGACACAAAGAUCAGAACAGGGAAAAGUCACUGGACCAGUGGGAGAAGCUGCAGUGUGAGAAAAGGAAUCUUAGUGUGGGUGACUGCUCAGGAAGCACACAAGAGUGCUUAAGCCUAACCCUGGUUAGAUGUUCCGAUCAAGAUUUAAAAUCCCAGAAAUCCAGUUCAGAGACUGUUUUAGGAAUCCUGCUUGGUCUUGUUCUUAUUGCUGUUCUUCUGAGUAUCUGUGCUCUUCCCACCUACAAAAAAUUUAUGAAAAAAUAUUCCAAGAAGAGGCAGCAACAAUGGAUUGGCCCAAGUGCGGUGAACCAAAAUGUUUCAUUCCAUCGCAAGAGCUCUACUGCCUUCCAGACACGUCUUGAAAACCUAGUUGUUCAGGAAGAGGGGAACAAAACCUCCCAGAAAACUUAUCUCUCACCCUAUGCAGCUCUGGAAGGGGCAACCAACAGAUCUUCCAACCCUUUGGAUAACUCCUCUGACAGUGAUUAUGACUUAUGUUCCGCUCAGCAGCUGUAAACUCUGUGAAGUAUGGAUGAUACUCCUUCCUGUUCACCUCCAGUAUGGUGCUUAAGGUGGCCUUGAAGUGACCCUGACUCCAUCCUCAGCUCAUUGGAUGACUUCAGGCUGGUCACUCUCUCUCAGGCUUAAACAAUCUCACGGAGUGGUUGUGAGGAAAAAUUGAGGGGAAUCCAAUAUGUAAUGGUUUAGGCUUCUGAGCAAAAGAUCCAAUACAAAUCUAAUAAUGGAAUAUCCUUUGACUGAAUAGUAAAUUCCUGGGGCAUGAUCACUGUAAUAAAUGUAAAACCGUUUUUUGAAAGGAAGGAAAUUGAUAUUUGUAAUAUAGAUCUUGUAUAGGUGAGUUUUUCCCUUAGUUUAUGAGUGGAUUCUUUAUCAACAAAUUGAAAAGAUGGAUCAAUUGUUUUCUCUAGGAUCAAAGUUUAAUACUUUGCUUAAAAAGUGAGUUGACUUUUCCUCUUUUUCAUUUCCUUUUUUUUUUGUACUAAAAUUCUAAAAAUUGUAUUUGUUAGUCAUAUGUGGAAGAAAAAACUUGCCAUCUGAAAACAAACCAUUUCUUUAAUUAUAUUAAUUAUAAUACACGUUAAAAUAAUUCAUGGAGUUUAUGUUCUCCUUUGCAGGUACAGAAAGUUCAGUAAAAAUAAAAACAGCUUAGGGGAGGAAGAAUUUUAUUGUCUAACACGAAAUGCACUUGCUCUGGACUGGAACAUGUACAUUUUCUCUACCUCAACAGUGAUAGCAAAACCAGUACUCCAACUAACCCGUACACUGAGCAUUAGCAUGUUUUUCCCAGCCAGUUAUACUAAAUUUCAACUCCUACUAGUCUCAGCCCAUCAAAGAUACACUGAUGGAGAUAGAAAUCUCCCAAUUUCAUUCACUGAAAACCAAUUUGGAUUAUAGAUCACUAUAGAAUUAACAUCCUCCUACCUGACCAGCAAAAUAAGCCUAGGUGAUCUCUGGCAAGCCAAAUAAGGAAGAUUUAUGUGUCAAUUAAAAUUUCAAGAAGAUAGUGUAUAUAUGGAGAAGCCAUAUGUACAGAAAUACACGUUUAUCACCUUCCUGAAUUAGAGUAAGACAGAAGAGCUAAUAUUAUUCUGCUGGAAAGUUCAAAUAGCAUACGUCUCUUGGCCCAGAUAAUUUAAAUCAAUGUUCCCUUUUUAGGGUGUACAGUAUCUACAUAUAAUUGCAAAAAGAUUAUAAGUCUAUGUGUUAUAAAUACGUUGCAAUUAAAUAAAUAUUGAAGCUAAUUGGUGAGAGCUUUAUUAAUUGUUAAAUCUAUUGAACUGUCUUCAAGCCACACUACUUUAAUUUAAAAAGGUGGGGGGACUAUGCAAUCAACACUCACGUAGCUCAGAUAACAUCCAUUCUUUAUUUGGUUAUUGACAUUUAGCAAAAAGUUGGCCCAUAGUUCCAAUUUUCACAUCUGGUUCACAACUGAUUUCUCAUAUGGAUUAAUGCUGUGUUGUUCACUUGUUUAAAUUGCUGUACAUUUCAGAGAUCUCGUUAGUUAUCCGGCUCACUAUCUUUGGAGAAAGGAAAGCAGCCUCUCAACCAUUUAAUAUGUAUUUUGGAGGGUCAGAUAAUUGUAUCAAACAUUUUCAACCAGUUCUAUAGUUAGUUCUAUAGUUAGUUGGAAGGGAAAGGUUUUUUUAAUGAUACAGAAGCUCAUUCUUUGUGUAGUAGUUAAUAAAUGGCCUGCAUGUUUUUGCUUUCUUGAGCUGCGGUUCACUUUAUCAUCUGAAAUAACCAUAUGUACAAAUGCAGAUGUGUGCUUUUUCUUCUGAUGGAUUGCAGCUUACAAAAGCUUAUAUCUUUUAA